AAGUGCACUAAAGCAGUUCCAGAGACAGAAGACUGUUCUUUUGCCAAAGCUAGUAUGGUAUCAGCGGGGUUGCAGAUGCUGGGCAUAGCCCUGGCCAUCAUCGGCUGGAUCGGGGUGAUCGUGGUUUGCGCUCUCCCCAUGUGGCUCGUCACGGCUUUCAUCGGACAGAACAUAGUGACUGCGCAGAUAACCUGGGAGGGGAUCUGGAUGAGCUGCGUGGUGCAGAGCACAGGACAGAUGCAGUGCAAGGUGUACGACUCCAUGCUGGCCCUCAGCUCGGAUCUGCAGGCGGCUCGAGCUCUGAUCGUGGUCUCUAUCCUGGUGGGGGUCGUCGGCAUCCUGCUCGCGGGCGCUGGAGGGAAGUGCACCAACUGCAUCGAGGACGAGGCCGCCAAGGCCAAAGUCGGCAUCAUUUCGGGGGCCAUCUUCAUCGUGGCUGGGGUUCUGUGCUUGAUUCCCGUCUGCUGGACGGCCAAUACGAUUAUAAGGGACUUCUACAGCCCUUUGACGGUCAGCGCACAGAAGAAAGAGCUGGGGGCCUCGUUGUUCAUCGGAUGGGCUGCUUCGGGGCUGUUGAUUAUUGGGGGGGCGUUGCUUUGCGCAAACUGCCCUCCUAAAGAUCAGUACGCUGCCAAGUACACGGCUCGGCCUGGAGGAAACAAAGGCUACGUAUGAAGAGGAACCGAGGAGGACUGACUUGUUUUGUACGUGAAUGUUAUUUCAGGGGUUGAAUUAGCAGACGCCUGCCAAUAUUUGAAAGUAAUUAUGAAAUACAAAGAAAGUUUCAACGGAACUGUAUGAGAACUGUAAAUACCUCUCUUUUUUAUUCUGCCAGCUGGAUUCACACACCGCGUGGAUUCCCUUUUCAGAUACGCGUAAAGUGUUAAAGAUUUAUACCGAAUGUAAAUGCAAUCGUGUUGUGCUUCGUGACAGAUAUUUGUGCUAUGCAACAAAAUAUUUCAAUAUAUGCAUUUCAAUAAAAAAACUGCAAAACACUAAA